AUGAGUACUGAGAAAAUCUCUUGUAGAUCCUGUAAAUUCACUAAUAAUGAUAAUAAUAAUAAUAAUAAUAAUAAUAAUAAUAAUAAUAAUAAUAGUAAUAGUAGUAGUAAUAAUAACAGUGGUAAUAAUAAUAAUGAUAAUAAUGAUAACAAUAGUGAUGAUAAUAAUAAUAGUAAUGAUAAUAAUGAUAGUGAUAAUAAUAAUAAUAAUAAUAAUAAUAAUAACAAUAAUAAUAAUAAUAAUAAUAGGUUUUUCUAUAUUUGA